UCACAAACACACUUCCUCUCUCUCUCUCUCUCUCUCUCACUCUCUCACCUUCUCUCUCUGUGCUUGUCUCAGUGCCUUGCACAUUCAAAAAAUGGCAAGGCCCUCCUCAGGCCCCUCACUUCUCUCUCUCCUCCUCUUCUCUCUCCUCUCCCCAACCCUCAUUUCCUGCAGGCCACUUCAUCUUCAAGACCCUGAAUUGGUAGUACAAGAGGUACAAAGGAACAUUAGCGACUCAGUGUCUAGGAGGAACUUGGGCUACUUAUCAUGUGGGACUGGAAACCCUAUCGACGACUGCUGGCGGUGCGAUCCGAACUGGGAGAAGAACAGGCAGCGUCUAGCAGAUUGCGCGAUAGGGUUCGGGAAAAACGCCAUCGGUGGAAGAGACGGGAAGCUUUACGUGGUCACAGAUUCCGGCGACGACGACGCCGUGAACCCCAAGCCAGGAACCCUACGACACGCCGUCAUCCAAGACGAGCCGUUAUGGAUCAUUUUCCAGCGCGACAUGACCAUCCAGCUCAAGGAGGAGCUGAUCAUGAACUCCUUCAAGACAAUCGACGGCCGGGGAGCGUCCGUCCACAUUGCCGGCGGGCCAUGCAUCACCAUCCAGUUCGUGACCAACAUUAUUAUCCACGGACUGAACAUACACGAUUGCAAGCAGGGAGGGAACGCUAUGGUGAGGAACUCCCCAGAGCACUUCGGGUGGAGGACCAUAUCGGACGGCGACGGAGUGUCGAUCUUCGGUGGGAGCCACGUGUGGGUGGACCAUUGCUCGUUGUCCAACUGCAAAGAUGGGUUGAUUGAUGCUAUUCAUGGGUCCACUGCGAUAACAAUUUCAAACAAUUACAUGACGCACCAUGAUAAGGUGAUGCUUUUGGGACAUAGUGAUUCGUAUACACAAGACAAGAACAUGCAAGUCACCAUUGCAUUCAAUCACUUUGGAGAAGGGUUGGUUCAAAGAAUGCCAAGAUGUAGGCAUGGAUAUUUCCAUGUGGUGAACAAUGACUAUACCCAUUGGGAGAUGUACGCUAUUGGAGGGAGUGCAAACCCUACAAUCAAUAGCCAAGGGAACAGAUUUGCCGCACCAGAUAUCAGAUUCAGCAAAGAGGUGACCAAACAUGAGGAUGCACCAGAAAGUGAAUGGAAGAACUGGAAUUGGAGGUCGGAAGGAGACUUGAUGUUAAACGGUGCGUUUUUUAGGGCAUCGGGUGCCGGAGCUUCCUCAAGCUAUGCCAGGGCUUCGAGCUUGGGUGCAAGGCCAUCUUCCCUAGUGGGUUCAAUCACCACGACUGCCGGCGCACUUAGCUGCCGAAAGGGCUCUCAUUGCUGAUCGCAUGUCGAGCUUGUGGCCUGCUGAAAACGACAUUCUAAAGUGAUUAAUUGAAGAACUAUUCAACUUCAACUAGACAUAUUUAGGAGGGAAGUCAAAGAAAACAAAUGAGAGACAAAAUAUCUCAUUCCUUUUUCUUUCCCUCCAAGUUCUCUUUUUUACCCAAUAUUUUAUACUUUAUCCCUCUUCUUUUUACUUUUUUUUUAGUCAAUUUUCAUGAUGAUUACAACCUCGCCCUCUUCCUCUGAGGCUGCGUUAGGGUUUCUGUUAGAGAAUCUUGAUGACCUAGACGAGAAGACAAGUGUUGAAGUGUUGAUUCUACUAAAUUAUCAAUAUAUUUCCCAAUAUUUGACGCAA